GAGCGUCGUCAAGUAUAAAGAUGGGCUGCUUCUGUCCCUCAAGUCUCCCGUUUUCUUCUCCAGCAUCGGCUCAAUCUUCACAAACCAGCACCUUCUUUCCACCGGGGCUUCUGGCAAGUCCCAAUUCAUUCUUUCUUUCGCUCUUUCUUUCGCUUCCGGCAAGCACCUAAUCCAACUUGUACUACUCUCUUUUCCCACUCGGGUUUCUGGCAAGCCCCAAGUGUUUCAGCAUCAAUCUUAUCUUUCCGGUCCAGCUUCCAGCCAACGUGGCAAGCCUAAUACUCUCAUUAAUCCCUCCCAAGGUGGCAGUCAGCCGACUUAAACGCUCUCGAAAUGAAGCACACUACCGCUCUCGUUGCCGCCGUCGGCCUCGCCAACGCUGGCGUGAUCCCUAAUGUCGAGCAAGCCCGCGACCUUGAUUCUGGUGUCCAGCAGCUUGCUGAGCGCGACCCCAAGGGCAGGCUCGGCAAAUCACUGGGCCGGCUCGGCAAGCACGUCAACUUCCAAGUCGAUCCGCUGGCCCCUCUCAACAUCCUCCCUUACGUUGUCCCGCCGCCCCAGAAGCGGGAGGCGGAGCCCGAGGCGGAACCAGAGCCGAGGCGAGGCAAGGCCGCCGGCAAGAAGGGUGGUUCGCGCCGGCCGGGUGUCGAAUUCUCAGUUGAUCCUCUUGCCCCCCUCAACGUGCUCCCUUACGUUGUCCCGCCGCCCCAGAAGCGCGAUCCGAGGCGCGGCAAGGCCGCUGGCAAGAAGGGUGGCUGGAGGCCCAAUGUUAACUUUGAGAUCGACCCCCUUGCACCUCUCAACAUUCUCCCUGCCGUUCUCCCGCCACCCCAGAAGCGCGAGGCCGAGCCUGAGGCGGAACCGGAGCCGAGGCGCGGCAGGCCAGCCGGCAAGGGCAAGGGUGGCGGACCGGGCGUCAACUUUGAGAUCGAUCCCCUUGCCCCGCUGAACCUCGUUCCGUGGCUCGCCCCGCCACCCCAGAAGCGCGAAGCCGAGCCUGAGGCGGAGCCGGAGCCGAGGCGCGGCAAGCCUGCCGGCAAGGGCAAGGGUGGCCGGCCGGGUGUCGAAUUCUCUGUCGAUCCUCUGGCGCCCCUGAAUCUCCUCCCGUGGCUGGCUCCGCCUCCCCAGAAGCGUGAUGCGGCCGAGGGCGACGAGGAGAUGCACGCGCUCCCCAUCGAUGCUCGAGACGUCGACGAUGCUGACGAGAUCAUGAAACGGGACCCAUUCUUCGGCGCUCUUCUCAGGUUCAUCCCUAAGAUCGUUGGCGGACUCGCCGGAAACAACAAGAGAGAUGUCGAGGAUGCUCUGAGCGAGCUUGUCGCCCGGCAUCCCGAGAAGCGAUCCGAGGUUGAGGCCGCCGUGAACGACCUGAAUGAGAUCAUGGCCCGCGAUCCCGAAGCUAAGUUCAACAUCGGCGGUAUCUUCAAGAAGAUUUUCGGUGGCCUCUUCGGGAGGGACGUCGAGGAUGAUGUUAUGAAUGCCAUCGUCGCCCGCGCCCUCGACGACGAUGUGAUGGAUGCCAUCACUGCCCGCGACGAGGACGACGACGUUAUCAUUGCCCGCGACGUCGACGAUGAUGUCAUGAAAGCCCUCAUCGCCCGCGACCCCGAGGCAGAGCCCUUCCUUCCUCUCAUUGGCGGCCUGUUGUCCUCCAUUUUCCGCAAGAACCACAAGCGAUCUGAGAUUGAGGCGGCUAUGAACGACCUGAACGAGCUUGCUGCCCGCGACCCCGAGGCAGAGCCCUUCAUCCCUAUCCUGGGUGGUCUGCUCUCCCGCAUUUUUGGCGGUAAGCAGAAGCGAUCCGAUGUCGAGUCCGCCGUGAACGAGCUGAACGAGAUCAUGGCCCGCGACCCCGAAGCCAAGUUCAAGUUUGGUAAGAUCCUCAAGAACAUUCCUAUCUUUGGCGACAUCUUUGGUGCCAUCGGUGGGGGCCAGCAAAAGAGAGAUGUCGAGGAUGAGAUUAUGGCUGCGAUCGCUGCCCGACAGGAUGAGGACGAGACGGUCGACCGCCGCGGCGAGUACGAGAUUGUCCGCGAGGAGGACGACUCCGACAAGGUUUCCCGCCGGGACGAUGAUGACAAUGACGAUGUCGUCCGCCGGGAUGCCGAUGACGACAACAACGAUGUCGCCCGCCGCGAUGCCGAUGAUGACAAUGACGAUGUCGCCCGCCGGGACGCUGAUGAUGACAACGACGAGGUUGCCCGCCGGGGCGAGGAGGACGAGGCUGCCGAUGUUGCCCAGCGCAGCCCCGAGCCCGAGCCCAAGAAGAAGAAGGUCAGCAUCAAGUUCAAGCCUGCCAAGGAGGAGAAGAAGGAGCAGGCCAAGACCUCGGGCGCCCGCGAGACCAUGGCCCGCCAUAGCAUGGCUUUCUACGUGACUGCCGGGCUCGCCGCCACACUCGCCAUCAGCGCGUUCAACAUCUUGUAAGAGGAAGGGGUUGAGGAAUGAGGAUGGGGAUGUUUGGGUUGGAUACUACUGCUGCCUUGGUUCAAUUCCUUGAUGGGACCUGGGCUUGUCACUCGUUUGCAACACACAAUUUCCUGGAAGCAUGGACCUGAAAGAAUGUAACACUAGCCGCCCUGUGAAGAUUGGCCGACACUCAUUUUGAUGCUGAGAUAUAGACAAUAGACUUGCUGGUCACCCUGGACAU